UAGUUGCAGAAUACACGUAGAAACUUUUUAAUUAUUUAUAAGUGGGUCGGCUCUGUGGUCGGCUGACGUGUUCCGAUUAAUUAUAAUCGAGAACGAUCAGAGAACGAUCACAAAUUCAACAUCAACACGUCAACGCGAAUCGAUACAUGCGCAGAUUUUUAUUCUGACAGUUUUAUUGAAAGUCAAAGUCAUCAAGUCAUGUUUAUUACUCGUCCUUGUAGCACCGGCAUAGGUAUACCAGGUAUAGGUGUAACCUUAUUAUUAGCACCGUUAUUAGUUAUAGUCGCUAUAGUAAAAGCAAGUGCUAAACUAGAAGAGCAGUUUUGUUCCAGUGACAGUCUUGACGGUUGUUCUCAAUCCACUAAUACCAUGUCGAGUCCCGACAACUACAAAAAUGCGAAUUCUAUCUACGAAUUCACAGCAAACGACAUCAAAGGAGAGCCAGUAUCUUUGGAGAAAUACCGGGGCCAUGUAUGUAUCAUAGUUAACGUAGCCUCACAGUGUGGAUAUACCAAAAAUAACUACGCAGAAUUGGUCGAAUUGUACGAUGAGUAUGCAGAAUCUAAAGGCCUCAGAAUCCUUGCUUUCCCGUGUAAUCAGUUCGCAGGCCAGGAACCGGGAAGUAAUGCAGAAAUUUGCCAAUUCAUGCAGAACAAGAAUGUCAAAUUUGAUAUGUUCGAAAAAGUUAAUGUGAAUGGUAAUGACGCUCAUCCCUUGUGGUCAUAUUUGAAGCACAAGCAAGGGGGUGUUCUUGGCGAUUUUAUUAAAUGGAACUUCACUAAAUUCAUCAUCGAUAAAAACGGACAACCUGUGGAAAGACAUGGACCUAACACCAAUCCCAAAGAUAUGGUCAAAUAUUUAGAAAAGUAUUGGUAAAUGCUUAUUUUUUUAAAUUUUCUUGAUGUUAGUAUGACUCUAUAUUCAUUGUUAAGUAAUGUUUUUAUAUUUUUAUUUUACUAUACCAAAAUAAAAUGUUUUAAUUA